GCCUCCAUAUCAACCCAUCCUCUUUUGAAAAAUAAAGAAAAAAAGACCCACCAUCUAGCAAUAGCCCACUCUCCUCCUAUCGAAAACCCUAAGCUUCUGAAACCCACACCUCUCUCUUUGAUAAUAUGAACCUUGAAGACAAAGUUGGGAUGGACUUGGUUCCACAAUCCGAGCAUCUUUGCUAUGUCCGCUGCAACUUCUGCAACACUGUUCUUGCGGUUGGGAUCCCAUGCAAAAGAUUGCUUGAAACAGUGACAGUGAAAUGUGGUCAUUGCAGUAACCUUUCUUUUCUCAGCACCAGACCUCCACUGCAAGGUCAAUGCCUCGAUCCCCAAACCAGCCUCACUCUCCAGAGUUUCUGCGGUGAUUUCAGGAAAGGUACUCAGUUUCCAUCGCCAUCUUCAUCAACAUCGAGCGAGCCAUCAUCUCCUAAAGCGCCAUUUGUUGUAAAACCUCCCGAGAAGAAACACAGGCUUCCAUCUGCUUACAAUCGGUUUAUGAAGGAGGAAAUACAGCGCAUUAAAGCAGCAAAUCCUGAGAUACCCCAUCGUGAAGCUUUCAGUGCAGCUGCUAAAAAUUGGGCUCGGUACAUCCCAAAUUCUCCAGCAGCAUCAUCCGUUUGUGGAAGUAGCAGCAAUGUAAGAACAAAAUGAUAAUGUGUGAAAGUUGCAUGCAAGAACAAAGCUAAUGAGAGAAGGCUAGAUAUGGAGAUUUGAGUCAUUGACUGCUACCAAAACUUUAGGGCGUAUUUAACGUAACUUUUGUGUCUUAAAACUUUCUUAGUAUCAUAUCUAAUUAUUAUUAAUGUCGUCUAGUUUUAGGGUAUUGGCCUUCCAAUGAACAAUAUGUAUCUGACUUUUCUGGCACUAUAUCUAAUGCAUGAUCUAAUUGCUUUUAUGCUUGGUUAUUAAUAUUCCAGAGCGGGAAAG